UGUGUUUUUGAGUUGACCACUUUCCUUCACUGCGGAGCCACAUGGAUGCAUAAAUAUGACCCUUUACACGAUCCGGGCGCUUUCUGAUCUUUGCAGACAGCUGUGGAGCCAGCACCUUCGUACACACGGGAAAAGGGCAGUUCGUUAGUCGUAGCUACAGACAGGAUGUGUUCACCCAGGAAGGCAACAGCGUCUGGUGUCAGACUGCUUUGUAAAUGUGUUAGUAAUCGUGAACCGGGAACGAGGACCACUCACCGACCAGUGGUCUCCGCAGCUGGGGGCGUGGGGGUAAGGAGUAGCGCCGCCCCAGUGGCCUUGGCGGGAGCUGCACCGCUACAGGGGACCAGUGCAGCAAGAGGAAAGAAGAGUCUCUAUGCAAAUGUGGCCUUGGUCAGGCCAGGAACAGCUUACCCCCAGGACAAAGCUAAUGGCUGUAGUUCUAUAGGCCGGACCUGGGUAUCUUCCAUAGUUAAAGACCCUGGUUUAUCUCAGCGCAACCUGCGUCCCCGAGUCCAAAGCAGCAAGAAACCCCUGACGGCUGCAGCGGGAUCUGCUAACGACGGCAGGAUCCCAAAGCUACGAGGAGCAUGGGCGCGACCAGCCCAGGGGGCAGAGCUUUCCCUGGGCGAGGUCCAAGAUGGGAAACACGCAACUGGCAGGAGUGAGGUUCACAAGGAGGGGCAGCGCUCCAUCAGGGCUGCCCAUCGAGAACCUAGCCCGCUCUGUGUGGCGGGUCGGGACAUCCAGAACCAGAUGGAUGUCCUACGGGCAGACAAGGAGCAGGCGGAGGGUGUGGCCGCCUCUCUGAAGGAGGAGCUAAGACACGCCCAUGAUGAGGUCGCCCGGCUUGGCCACACCCUCAGCAAGCUGCAGGGGGAGUUUGAGGUGUACCAGGAAGAGGCCCAGAAACAUGCAGCCCUGCAGCAGGCAAAGGUGGAAGACAGAGAGGCCCGCAUUGCCAACAUGGAAGAGACCAUCUUCGUGCUGGAGGAUGAGGUGGAGCAGCACCGGGCCGUGAAGCUCCACGACAACCUCACCAUGUCAGACCUGGAGAGCUACGUGGAGAAGCUUGAAGGGCAGAAUCAUAACCUUCAGCGCGAGAUUAAGCUUCUACAGCACAGACACCAAGAGGAGGCGGCGCAGUGGCGUCAGUUCCAGGCUGAUCUGCAGACCGCUGUGGUCGUCGCCAACCGCGUCAGGGAGCAGGUGGAGGAGGAGCUGGGGAUGCUGCAGCAGCAGCUCCGCGAGGCCCAGGAGAGGAACAAGGGCCAGGGGAAAGAGCUGGAGGAAGCCAGGCGGAGGGGGAAGGAUCAGCUGCACAGCUACGUAAAUGUGGCACAGAGCGACAUGGUCAGGCUGCAGCAGGUCAAACAUCCCGUUCCCUCUUCCUCCUCCUCCUCUUCCUCCUCCUCCUCCCCCCCCUCUCCCACCAUCAGUGCCCUCAUCAGGACCUUCGAUCUUCUUCCACAAGCCCCCACACAGGGUGUUGACACCGUUGCCACGCCGAUGGUCAGACCGGCCCUCAGCCCCCGCCUUCUGAGGUCUCCCCGGGCAGCUGUGGUUUCUCCUGUCCAGAAUUCCUGCACCAGCUGCCCUCCCUCCCUUCAGCUCCGGAUGGACAGGAGGCUCAGCGAAUCAUUGUCACACGGGAGCAGCGGCGGCUGCCCUCCUGCUAUCCUCAGGUCUCCAGGCACCCCCUCACCCUCCCGACCAGAGCCCUGCAGCGAGGUGGCAGCGCGAGGCAGCCCAAGGGACCAGGUCCUGGAUCCACUGAGGGCUCUGGUUCGGGAAGAUGGUGAGUCCAAGCGCAAUGCGCUUCUCAGAUGGUGCCAGAGGAAGACCCAAGGGUACCAGAACAUCAAUAUAAAGAAUUUUAGUAGCAGCUGGAAAGACGGACUGGCGCUCUGUGCCAUCCUCCAUGCCUUUCUGCCAGGACACAUCCCUUUCCAGGAGCUCAACGGUCAAGACAAGAGAAGAAAUUUGAUGCUUGCUGUUCGGGCAGCAGAAAGUGCGGGAAUUAAGUGCACUUUGGACAUUGACGAGAUGGAGUGGAUGGAGCGUCCAGACUGGCAGAGGGUGAUGGCCUACAUCUCCACCAUCUACGAGCACUUUGAGAACUGAGUCUGCUGCUCCAUAGCAGUGCAGUCAUAUGCCUUCCUGAACACCCCCACCCCCCCGUCCUCCAGAGCCAAUCAGCAAAGGGGGGAAGAACAUUUCUGAGACACAUCUAUUCCAUACAAGGACGCUGCGAUCUUCUGCAACCAACAGAAAUAUAUGUUCAUUCUCAUAUCAGUCCUCCACUCUCCUGUUGCUGAGGGUAACAAUGCCAAGUGUGAUUAAAUGGUGCAAACUGAUGUUAGCUGUUUACAGUCCACUACUAAACAAACCGGCACAAUCCAGUUCUGCUCCAUCACCACCAAACUGCUUUGUGAAAGAGUCCUUUGUGUUGUCUGUAAUACUCUCAUGAUUUUUUAAGGUUUUAAUAUUCACAGUUCUAUUAAAAUACAUGUAGCUGUUACUGUAGUUGUUGCAGUGUGCUUGUCUGACGCUACAACACAAAACUGUCUCACUGCAAUUUGAUGUGAAGUGCAUUUUCAAUAAAACAUAGUUUGUUCA